GAAGAGCUAAAGUUAGAGUUAAUAAUUACUUAUCUGAUGAAAAUAUCAUUGAAAAUGGCGUUCCUCAAGGUGGGGUACUAUCUGUUACACUCUUUCUUAUAGCUAUAAAUGGGAUAUUUUCCUUAUUUCCUCCCGACAAUCCAAAUAAAAUUUUAGUAUAUGCCGAUGAUAUUGUAAUUUACAAUUCUAAUCCUGACUCAGAUAUGAGAUAUAUUGAAGUUCAAUCCGGUAUUAACAAAAUUAGUCAUUGGGCUAACAGAAAUGGCUUUAGAUUUUCCUAUAGAAAGACAAAGGCUCUUCAUUUUUGUAAUAAACAUGUUUGUCAGGAAUCCACUCACACACUUAAUGGGCACGUUUUGGAAAAUGUGUCCACCUACAAAUUUCUUGGGGUCAUUUUAGAUAAAAAACUUAAUUUUAAAGGGCAUAUUACAGACGUCAAAAAAUCAUGCACUAAAAGGCUAAAUGUUAUAAAAUGUCUCUCAAAUCUUACAUGGGGUUCACACAGAGAUUCACUUACAAAUGUACACCAAGCUUUAGUACUUUCUAAGUUAUUUUACUGCUGCGAAAUUUAUUUUCCGGCUGCCUCGAAAACAUUAAUAGGAAAUUUAAAUAGCGUUUAUAACGCGGGCUAUCGUUUCAGCUCCGGGGCGUUCCGGACAUCUCCUAUUUCGAGUUUGUUGGCUGAGUCAGGAGUACCUACUAUGACAGCUGCUUUAGAAAGACAAGUUGCAAAAUCUACUAUUAGACUCCAUGCUACCCCUUCAGCACCUGGUUUUUCUGAUUUGCUACAUUGGGAACACAGGCGGGAUACUAAAAGCUUUUACUCCUUUGGAGGAAAUUUAAUUCAUAAUUUGAUUCAAGAUACUAAUAUUGAAUCUCGUGUCUGUGAAUCACAACCUCCUUGGUUUUUCAAUGAAACUUUGGUUAACACUUAUCUCACUACUGUAAAUUAUAAGGAACAGUCUACUAGUGAUAUAAUAAACAUUUUCAAUAGAGUAGUAAAUCAAAUUCAUCCAAAUCCUCAAAUGAUUUAUUGUGAUGGAUCCGGUAAGGAUGAGUUAAAGGGUUUUGCAGUUGUAACUGAGCACGAUCUUGUGUUCAGUUGCAGAUGCCAUCCCUCAGCAUCUGUUUUUGAGCUCGAAGCUAUGGCCAUUAAAAAGUCGCUUGAAUUUAUCGCGGAUUGCUGCAUUACAGGAGAAAAGUGGAUUGUCGCUUCAGAUAGCCUUAGCGCUAUUGAAGCUGUAAAAAAUUUAAGAAAUAAUUCGUCACUUGUUUGUAAAAUAAGAUCUCUACUUAUUGAGUUAAAAGGAUCUGCUAUACUUCUUUGGGUACCUGGCCAUAAAGGCAUACCAGGUAAUGAAAAGGCUGAUUUUGAAGCCAAAAAUACCCUUGAAAUACCUAUUGUUGUUUGCAAAGAUCUUACUUUAAAAAGUAUGCUUAAUAUUGUAAAUAGAGAAUUUAAUAACCGUAUGGAAAAUUGGUUCAACUCAGAAGUCUCUGGUUUUAUCAAAAAAGUUAUUUCAUCUCCUAGUCGCCCUAAAAUACAUCCUUCCUUAAUACGCAAAGAAUGUUCCAUCAUAUCUCGACUCCGCAUUGGACAUUCUAGACUUACUCAGUCUUAUAAAAUGACGCGUACUCCCCCUCCAAUUUGUCCCUUCUGUAACCUUAAUGAAACUUUAUCGAUUGAACACUUGUUAACUAAUUGCCCACAUCUUGAAAAUCAAAGAAGAAACUUUUUUAAAAAUCAAUCAGCCCUUAAAUUUUUGGAUUAUUCUGAGAAAGGGUCUAAAUUAAUAAUUGAAUUUCUUACAAAAAUUGACAUUGUAAAUGAAGUAUAAAUAAUUGUGGUCUCCAAUGAAAUUAUACGGUGCGAUUUUGUGUAAAAGUACCUGAGUGGAAUAAAAUAAUAAUAAUAA